AUGGUACUGAAUUCAGACGGCAGGGCGGUUGAACCCGUGUCCAGAUCCGUCUUGAAGGGAAACGGUAAGGCUAGAGCAAAUUUGAUCCUAAACGACGACGAGAAAAGGAACGUCGCUUCUGACUUUGGAAUUACUACAAAAAAGUCCCCUAAAGGACAAUCAAUAUGGCAAAUGAUUUUGCAAGAAACAGAGGGAACUUUUCUCGAAAACCCCAUGGCACGCGUUCCGCGGCCAAUACGGAAAAGAAAAAGUGUCCGGGAAGAUGUCUCUAAACAUAGAGGAAAGCAUUUUUCCAGUCCCAAACUCCAUCGAAAACUAUCUGAAUCAAAGGAAACUGAUAACAGCAGAGGACAAAUCAGAUCUCCAGACCAACUACAGCCACCUAAGACUAAAGGCACGAAAGGUACUUCAGCAGAAAUGAAACUUAUUUCUUGGAUGAAAUCUAGUGAAACUGAUGGAUCACAAACUAUUAGGGAAGGUAAAGAAGGAAACAUCCACGCACUUUCUGAAAUGAUGGACGGGAUGGCAACAACGGAAGAACAAGAAAACGAGGAAUACGCAACAACGGAGGAAAUAGAAAAAUAUGACGAAGAGGAAGAUACCUCAAUGGCUGAACGUACUGAAGAUUCAACUAACGGAGAGGAAACCGAAGAAACAGAAGAAUAUGAAGGCACAGAAAUGGCUGAAAUGGGAAUGACUGAGGAUGCCGAAGAUUCAACUGACGGAGAAGAAACUGGAGCCACCGAACAAUACGAUGAAGAAGGGGGCACAGAAAUGGCCGAAAUGGAAAUGACUGAGGAUGCGGAAGAUUGUACUGACGGAGAAGAAACUGGGGCCACAGAACAAUACAAUGAAGAAAAAGGCACAGAAAUGGCUGAAAUGGGAAUGACUGAGGAUGCCGAAGAUUCAACUGACGGAGAAGAAACUGCCACAGAACAAUACGAUGAAGAGGAAGGCACAGAAAUGGCUGAAACGGGAAUGACUGAGGGUGUCGACGAUUCAACUGAUGGUGAAGAAACCGAGGCCACCGAACAAUACGAUGAAGAAGGAGGCACAGAAAUGGCCGAAAUGGAAAUGACUGAGGAUGCGGAAGAUUGUACUGACGGAGAAGAAACUGGGGCCACGGAACAAGACGAUGAAGAAGGAGGCACAGAAAUGUCUGAAAUGGAAAUGACUGAGGAUGCCGAAGAUUCAACUGACGGAGAAGCAACUGAGGCCACCGAACAAUACGAUGAAGAGGAAGGCACAGAAAUGUCUGAAAUGGAAAUGACUGAGGAUGCCGAAGAUUCAACGGACGGAGAAGAAACUUGGGCCACAGAACAAGACGACGAAGAGGAAGGCACAGAAAUGAACAAGACGAUGAAGAAGAAGGCACAGAAAUGA